UUUGCGUCAUUUUUGCGCGACAUGCGCGAUGCUGCUUCACUUGGUGCUUUGGAGCUGGUCUGAGCACUUUAAUGUUUUGGUUAACUUUAAGAACGAGCUGCUUCACUUAUAAACGUGAUAGCGGCUGAUGAACAGCGUAAUCAUGAAGAGUUUGCACGCGAUGGUGCACGAGGCUGCUGUUAAUCACGGCGAUAAAACUGCUGCCAUCUUCGACACCGGCGCGUCGCCUGCUAGCUGCCUGACCUAUGAUCAACUCCUAGCGUUAGGAAACGAGCUUUGCAAAAAUGUGCAGGGAGCAGUAGGAGAGAAUGAACAGGUCAUCGGUGUGUUCUGUGAUGUGAACAUCCUCCUCCCGGUCUGGAUCUUUGGUGUCCUGCAGGUGCCUGCUGCCUAUGUUCCGCUGAACCCAGGCUCACCCCCUCUGCUUACCAUGAGAAUAAUGGACAGAUGUCAUCUGAAGUUCUGCUUGAUACAGAGCACUUUGCUGCAGCAAUUCCAGAGUGCCUUUUCCGGGUUACUGUCAAUUGAAGUGUUUGCAGCCUGGUCAGCACAUAAGCUUACUUUAGUGAAGCUUCACAAAAAUUCACUGAUGUCGCCUGAAGCAAGCAACAGACGGCCGAUGGAAGAUAAUCAGACGUUAAAGACAGAGCAGGAGGAAAGGCAGCAUCCCAGUGCCGAUGCUCCUGGAAAGGAAUUAGCAUAUGUUCUGCACACAUCUGGAACAACAGGGCUUCCUAAAAUAGUAAAAGUUCCACACAAGUGUAUUGUGCCUAAUAUAGUACAUCUCAGCUCUUUAUUUCAGAUGACCCCAGAGGAUGUAGUGUUCCUCGCAUCACCUUUAACCUUUGACCCUUCCGUGGUGGAGAUGUUUUUGGCCCUGUCUUCUGGAGCUUGUCUUCUGAUGGUUCCCUCCGCUGUGAGAAGGAUGCCUGGCAGACUAGCCAAUGUGUUGUUUAGACGAAACACCACCACCGUUUUACAGGCCACCCCGACUCUGCUGAGGCGCUUUGGGGGACGUGUCCUGCAGGAGGAGAUACUCAGUGCAGGCUCCUCGUUGAGGGUGUUGGCUUUGGGAGGAGAGGUCUGUCCAUCGCUGUUUGUCCUCAACAGCUGGAGACAAACGGGUAACAAGACGCGUAUUUAUAAUCUCUACGGCACCACAGAAGUUUCUUGCUGGGCUUGUUGCUACAGACUGCCAGACAAUCUCCUCUCCUCAGACCACAUGGACAAUGGAUCUGUGCCUCUGGGGGAACCGCUCAUGGACACUGCUGUGGAAGUGAGAGAUGAGAAUGGACGUCUGGUCACUGAAGGAGAGGGACAGGUCUUCAUAGGCGGUCAGGAGAGAGUAUGCUUACUAGACGGUGAGACGAUGACUGCUGCCAAAGGAGUGAUGCGUGCUACAGGGGACUGGGUGAUGGUGCAGAACUCGCACCUCUAUUACUUGGGUAGGAAGGACCGGCUGGUCAAAAGGCAUGGUCAGAUGCUACACCUGGAUGCCUUACAACAGGCCAUGGAACGCUUGCCUCAGGUAGAAGCUGGUGUGGUGGGUCUGCAUGAGAACAGCAGAUUGGUGGCUUUUGUGGUGCCCACAAUUGACACAAGAACCGUGUCCUCUGAACACAGUGGCAACCAAGAACAGCAUGUGCACAGCUCCACUAAGGACUCAGAAGACUCUCGUGUUUCCUCCAGAGCUCUAGAGAUGGAAGUGCUACGAGGACUGUCUCAACUUGUGCCCAAUCACAGCAUUCCAGAUACUGUAUUAUUGGUCCCUGCCCUGCCACUCACUAAUCAUGGUAAAGUGGCCAUGGAGAAGCUGAUGAGGUUGUAUGAGAGACAGAGAGAGGUUAGCGAUAAGCACACCAGAAUGGGAGACAUGGAGACUGUGAGAGAAAGACUACAGGCACUAUGGAAGGAGUGUCUAGGUCUUUGUGAUGAUGGAGUUGUCACAGACGAUGCACACUUCAUGUUAAGUGGCGGGGAUUCUCUACAAGCCCUGCGCCUCUUCGAUUACAUCACUGUUACUAUGGAAACGGCUUCUGCGGGUCUGCUGGAGGUCAUUCUAGAUGGCUCUUUUUCAGAUGUCCUGAAACACAUCACAGCAACCCACCAAAAUCCUAUCAAGACAUCAGGCAAAAGACAAGCUGAAGAUUCUGCAUCUGUUGUUCCAUCUAAGAGGUACCACACAGAAGUUGACUCAAACUUCGACCCUGAGGGGAUUUUGCCACCUGUGGUGUCCUCAGAGAGAAGCAAUAUGAGAUUUGUAGUUGUCCGUAGAGCUGGAGGUGUUGUAUUUUGGGAUUACUUUUUAAAAAGAGAGCAAAGACUUGUUACAAAUUCAACAGGAGCCAGUGACAACAUGGACAAGAUACAAGAGAAUUAUCCAAGUGCAGAACCAUUAUUUAUAAGCAAACCAAGUCAGCAGUGUAACGCAGGAAGUGGUGUUACUACACAAUCAGGCAUUACAAAAGACAGCCAACCCCUGGGCCUGCAGGUCUGUUGGAGUUCUGACACGGGCAGAUGUGUGGACGCUUCACCAGUGUUGCUGAUAGGUCCUGAGCGAGCCACUGUGUUUAUUGGCUCUCACUCGCACAGACUGCAGGCUCUGGACCUGAGCAGCGGAGAGGUGGUGUGGGAGCGUGUGCUUGGGGACCGACUGGAAUCUUCUGCUGCGGUUUCUAAAUGUGGAACCCUGGUGGCAUUAGGGUGUUAUGAUGGGCAGGUGUAUUUUCUGAGUGUGGACUCGGGGGAGACGUGCUGGGUGUUUAAGACAGGAGAUGCAGUGAAGAGUUCUCCUGUUGUAGACCCUCAGACUGGACUGGUUAUCAUCGGUUCCCACGACGGACAUGUCUACGCGUUAGAACCACUGGUGAAGCGUUGUGUGUGGACAUACUAUUGUGGAGGUGGUGCGGUGUUUUCUUCCCCCUGUGUCCACUCCUCUCCCAGGCGGCUAUACUCAGCCACACUACGAGGGCAGCUCCAUUGCCUCAGUCCGGACAGCGGUAAAGUCUUGUGGACGCAUUCCACUGAUGUUCCAUUUUUCUCUUCUCCUUCCUGUUCCGACUCCUGUGUCUGCAUUGGUUCAGUGAAUGGACAGAUCAGUGCAUUAAGCCAUGAUGGACAUAUGUUAUGGAAUUUUCUCACCGAUGGACCUGUCUUCUCAUCGCCAUGCCUGGCCUCAUUACCACCUUCAACCAAUCAGAGAACCAGAGCUGGAGCAUACGAUGGUUGCACGACAUUAUCUCCAGCUUAUCAAGCUGUUUUUUGUGGGUCACAUGAUUGCUCCGUAUAUUGCAUCAAUUCUGUUGAUGGAUCCUUACUAUGGCGCUUCCAAACCACAGGCAAGGUGUAUUCCAGUCCUUUUGUUUUUGAUGGUGCUCCCUGGGGCAUAAGAACCCUGGUAGCCGUAGCUUCAACGGAUGGAACACUGUGGGUACUUGAUGGAGAACAGGGAACACUCAAAGCCUCUUUCUUCUUACCUGGAGAGCUCUUCUCCUCUCCUAUCGUGUGGGGUCACACUAUAGUCGUGGGAUGUCGGAAUGACUAUGUGUACUGCUUGGAACUGACUAGCAGGAAGGAAUAACUAAAGCAUCUCUCAGUACAAUAUGUAAAAUGUUCCUACUGGUUAAAUGUGUAGAUGGCCAUGUAACGUAUGUAAAACUCUCUAGAAUAAUAGCAGCACUUUAGCACUAUGUACUCGUAUUAAAUUGUACAGAUGUUAAUAUAUAAUUUAUAUUAUAUAACAUCUGUCUUUAAUGUUUUUUUUUCUACAGAAUUCAUAACAUUGGUAUUAUUUAAGAAUCUUCUCAUGAGUACCUUUUGUAAAUGGAACAGAAAAAAGUGCAAAUACCAACAAACUGCUUUUAUUUCAAUGUUACAUACAACACUGGUUUGACGCUACACGUUUGCACACAAUCAAAUUAAAAACAAAGCGACGGAACUCAGGGAUCUUCAAAGGAACACAGUGCAGUUCAGUCCACGUCUGUACAUAAAUACCUACAUACAUUACAUACAUACAUACAAAAUAUUACGGUAAGUAGAGGGGGUUGGUGUUUUGCUGGGAGAUCAAGGCUUUCUAUGAGUUCGAAGCUGUUGUUAUUUCAGAGAAUAAUGUCCUUUCCUCUGCAAAGUCAUUAUUUAGUCUUCCCCCGGCAGGAUUUUUUUUAAAGCACUGAUCUCCCACUGACUUGCUUUUAAUGUCUGAUACAAGAAGAGCUAGGACAAGCUACAGGAUAAUAGUGUUUCUAUUACAGCAAGCAAGCAGUCUGUGUUCCAGAGAAAUAUUUCCAAAGAAACUGGAGGGCAUAAACACUGUGCAAGAAGCAAAUAGUUCAUUAACAUUUGGUUAAUGGUUUCCAGUGAAAUGAUUUAACAUGGUGGUUGAACAGAAGUGUCAUUAAUAACAUUUACUAUGUAAGUUAUUUACAUAAGUAAACACAGUGACUGUCAUCAUUAUGUUAAUUUUCAGUGACAGCUUAAAUGACAGCAGUCAUUUGUCACACAGUGAAAAUCUUGGCCAAGAUAUCAAAUAGGUUAAUAGUCACAAAGAAAAUGAGAAUUAACCUUGUCCAUAUUAGACAAGGGGUGUUAAGACAAUUUAACAAAUACAUUUUUGAAAUGUCAGGACCAGAAUCUAGACUUUAAAAAAAAAAAUACAAAAA